AUGGUGGAGGAGAGGAUGGGGGACUGUUGGAGCCACACCAAGGAUCAGUUUGAUAACUUGGAGAAGCAUACACAGUGGGGGAUCGAGUUUGUGGAAAAGUACAACAAAUUUGUGAAGGAGCGAUCAGAGAUUGAAGUCAACUAUGCAAAGCAAAUUAGGAAUCUUUCAAAGAAAUAUCAACCCAAGAAGAAUUCACGGGAAGAAGAAGAGAGCAAGUACACCUUCUGUCGAGCCUUCUUCACGACCCUUAAUGAGCUGAACGACUACGCGGGUCAGCACGAGGUCAUAGCGGAGAACCUGACCUCCCAAAUCAUCUCCGAGCUAACGCGCUAUCUGCAGGAGCUGAAGGCUGAGAGAAAAUCGCAUUUCCAUGAUGGACGCAAAGCACAGCAGUACAUUGAAAGCUCGUGGAAACAGCUGGAAUCGUGUAAAAGACGAUUUGAGAGGGACUGCAAAGAGGCAGACAGAGCACAGCAAUACUUUGAGAAGAUGGACGCUGACAUUAACGUGACUAAGGCCGAUGUGGAGAAGGCGCGACAGCAAGCUCAGAUGAGGCACCAGAUGGCCACUGACAGUAAGAACGAAUACUCCUCCUACCUGCAAAAGUUCAACCAGGAGCAGAACGACCAUUACUACACAAUUAUUCCCAACAUAUUUCAGAAACUUCAAGACAUGGAAGAGAAAAGGAUUGAGAGAAUAGGAGUGUGCAUGAAGACGUUCGCAGAGGUGGACCGCCAAGUGCUGCCCAUAGUAGGGAAGUGUUUGGACGGCAUGACUACAGCGGCGGAAUCCAUCGAGCCCAAGACUGACUCCAAGCAGGUGGUAGAGGCCUAUAAGUCGGGCUUCGAGCCCCCAGGCGAUGUGGAGUUUGAAGACUACAGUCAGGCCAUGAAGAGGACGGUAUCUGAAAACAGCCUGUCUAACUCCAAAGAGGGCAAAGAGAAGUCUUCAAGCAAAAGCAAGCCCAAACUGUGGCCUUUCAUUAAGAAGAACAAGCUUAUGUCCCUGUUAACGUCCCCCCGUCAGCCCCCACCUGCCCCCCCAGCCUCAACCCUGCCCUCACCCUCUGCUGUUCCCAACGACCCCCAGUCUCCCAAGCAGCACAAGGAGCCCCUCUCCCACCGCCUCAACGACUUCAUGGCCUCCAAACCCAAAAUGCACUGCCUCCGGAGCCUGAGGCGAGGGCUUUCUCUCAAGCUGAUCACACUCAACUCCCACGUCCGGAGUCUCAUUGAGGGAUCGGGACCAGAGGACUUCAGUCAUCUGCCCCCAGAGCAGAGGAGGAAGAAGCUGCAAGGCAAGAUCGAUGACCUCAACAAAGAUAUUCAUAAAGAAAUGGACCAGAGGGAUGCACUAACUAAGAUGAAAGAUGUGUACGUGAAAAAUCCCCAGAUGGGAGACCCGGCCAGCGUGGACCCCCGGCUAGCGGAAAUAGGCCAAAACAUCGAGAAGCUCCAGGCUGAAGUGCAGAAGUUUGAGGGUUGGCUAGCGGAAGUAGAGGAGAAGAUGCCUUCCAAGAGCGAUUCAAACCGCAGGAGUGGAUUUUAUGAGGCCCAGAGCAACACAGCUGUGAGCAACAACUGUGCACAGGACAGAGAGAGGUCCCUGAGCAGCCCGGAUGGCAGCUACACGGAGGAGCAGAACUCAGAAACUCAGGUCAAAGCAAUCAUCAACCCCAACACCAUCCCCAGCACCAUGCCGGAUUUUGACGAGGAAUUCGACGACGACGACACCCUGCCCACUAUCGGCACCUGCAAAGCUCUGUACCCCUUUGAAGGUCAUAACGAGGGCACCAUUGCCGUGGCGGAGGGUGAGCUGUUGUACGUCAUAGAGGAAGACAAAGGAGACGGCUGGACACGGGUUCGGAGGAACGAAGAGGAAGAGGGAUACGUCCCAACAUCUUACAUCGAGGUCAAUUUGGAACCAAACGCCAAAGGCCAGUGGUAAAGGAAUAACGGAAAGAGAAAUAAGCUUCUCUGAGCUCUACGAUUCCUAAAAGCGAGAGGCUGGCUGAGGGAUGGCAGGGCAAGCAGCCUCGGAGUAAACCACCGUGCGAGAAAGUGACAGAUGGGCUGAAUCUUAAAAAAACAAUAUCUGAGAGAGAGAGAGCGAUGGAUGAUAGGAAGGCGGCUGAAAUUCACAAACAUUUUGGCAAAAGUAAUUAUCGGCAGCGUUGAGCUUUCUCCGCUGAACAAAGAGAUCAGUUCUGGCUCUCCUAACAUUCUCCAUUUUAACUCCCCGCUCACGGGACAGCACACCAUCUUGCUCCUGGUUCUACAGCAGAGCCUUGCUUCUUAAUGUCACUAACCUUGCUUGCGGCAUUGAAGAAGCUGUCUGGCAUCCUCGCUCUUAUUCCCCCCCUGCUGCCCUGUUUUUUUCUGUUAUUUUUCCCUCUAAUCCUUGUGAUGCUCACAAGUAUUGGAGAGUGUGUGGUCAGAAAGAGGACAGAGGAGCUGAAGGAGGCGCCGGGAACGUCAACAUAGCUGAAGGAAGCUGUGUGUGUUUCCAUCGGUUUGGAAAAAAGAAAUCAUCCCAGUUUCAUUUGUGAAAGCAUCACCUUCACAAGUCACUCAAAAGAAAAAAAAACAAACAACACCAACAACAGGCCAUCAUUUUCAGCUCUCAUCUGAGCCAAAACUGAAGGAAUCAUCUUUGCUUUUCGUGUUUCUGCUUAUUUGUUCCACUGUUUGUGUCAAUGUUCACCGUCAUUAUUCCCAGAUAUCCAGGAUCGGUUGGAGGACAUGGAUCCGUUUCCUCCCAUCACUCUCAUCCAAAAUAAAUCCCUGUCCUGUCACUGGUGUCCGUUCCUCUCUCUGACCACACCCUUUCCCUACUCUCCUUCCCGCCCCCCUCAGGUAGCUCAGCCUACCUGUCCCACAGCUGCUUCCUCUUGUUUCUCUUUCCCCUCCCUCUCAAUUGGCAACGGCUCGGGGCGUGUGGUGUGGUGCAUGCUUGCCCUGUCCUCCUCCUCGCCCCCCUCUGCUGGCGGCUGGGAGAGGCGGCUUACGCUCCCACCUCUCUCCGUCCUGCUGCUGCUGCCUCCAGCCUUUCUGUUCAGUUAACCCUCAUUGCCUGGUCACACUGUUUAAAUUAACCUGAAUGCUACUGUUUGGGUUCAGUGCCUGUGUGUUUUUUUAUAUUUAUGUACAUUUCUUUUGUCUUGUUUGUUCAGAAGCAUGUCUCCUUGUAUUUAACUGCAAAUAUGUGAUCGUUUCCUCCUCCCUUCGCUCCAAAGUUUAAUCACAGAUGAGGACGAUAGGGAGCCAUGAUGUUGUUUUUUUUGACUGAUCUUACACAUUCAUCAGUCACAGACGUCUUUUGCAUUUCUUUUACCAUUCGUUUGUAAAGCUUAACGCGACUUGUGGUUAGUUUACAGUUCAUUACCCUGUGAGGAAUGUCUCAGCGUGGUUUUUGGCUACUCCAGAAAAACAGAACCCUGUUUCUACUGUAAAUGAAAAUGUACUGUGAUGAACAUUUUUCUGAGACUGAAGUGUGACAACAUGCAGAUCAUCACCUGAUUUGAGCCUUAACCACUUG